AUGUCCUUCCACGCAAAUGGUGGUCGACGCUACGGACAUGUGCCUCCAGCACAAUAUGGAGCACCAACGGGUCAACCUUCAAAUAAUUCGAGUCAAGGCUUGCAGAGGCAGUCUAGUUUCGACAAUGGAGAUGAUGCUGCGUUUUUUGAUCCGGGUCAUAGCGGUUACCAACCUGCCCCUCCAUCUUCGGCGAGGGCUUCAAUGCCAUCAGAGGAUUUAUACACAUCAAAUAACUCUAUGAGUCCACAUUCGCCUGGCAGAUCAUCAUUUGGCACACCUGGUAGUCCAGCUCUGUCAGGAUACCAACAUCAAUAUCAACCCUUGAACGGACCUCAGUCCCCCUCACUUACCCAACAACCAGCAUAUAACCCCCAGAACUUUGUCAGGUCCCAAUCGCACUCACAGCCAUCUCAAUACCAGUCUCAACCCCAGUAUAGCCCGAGCCUUUCUAGCCAACAUCAAUACUCAAAUUCUACAUCUUCCAGUCAUCAGCCAUAUAAUCCUGCAGCUUAUCAACCAUCGCAAUAUCCCACACGCGCCUCAUCGACUGCUUCUGCGUACAAUAACUACAAUAAUUACAAUAACUCGUAUGCGCAGACUCCUACAUCUGCAUCAGGAUCCUAUUGGUCUUCAUCAUCCCCCCCAGCGCGCGCAAGUGCCAUAUAUGAGAGUUACAUGGAUUCGCCACCUAUGAGAAGUCCAAGCUAUGCUACUCACUCGGCUCCCCUACCACUGCCCCCGAGGCAGGCUUCGUACAAUCCGCCACCUACAGCUCCGUAUCCCGUCAACGGAGACACUUUUGCUGAAGAUGAUUACAUGAGGAAUACACAAAUGCCCACAUACCCAAAUUUCCCCGGUGGUGUACUUCGAGAAAAUUCAACUGACUCCGUAUCCCAAGAUAUCCCUCCCAUUCCUCCGCCCAAACGGUCUUCAACAAACUCUUCAGGUGCUCCGGUGAUGAGUAUGCCUGCGUCUCCUGGAACUACAUUACAAAGACAUCCAACACAAAGACCGUUACCCAGUGCGCCAAUGGAGCAAAAUACGGGAGAUGAAGAUGACUGGGGUUUAGCAAUACAAGGUAAGACAGAUGAAGAACUUGCCCAAGAACAAAUUUUUGCAGAUAUAGGAGAUGCCCUUGGACCUUCCCACCGGAAUGGGGACCUUCGGGAUGGUGAACUACAUCGAUAUGAUUCAAGAGCAACUACUGUUCAUUCUGGUGCUGGCGUUGACCGUUUUCCAUCUACAGCUUCUACAUUACACUCCAAAGAGACUAUCUACGACGACUAUGAUGAUGACGAAAGUGAUUUGGAAGCUGUUGCGGGUCUCGAAGCUAUGCGCAUUGCCGACGAACAGGAAUCCCAAGGGCUAGGUUCAGGGGGCUUAAGUUAUGGUGGACUAUACGAAGGACAUUUAUCUUAUUAUGAGACAGCACACCAGGAUCAAUAUUCUCGCGAGGAAAGCAGUGAUAGCGACUACAAAGGUAUGGAUUUGGGCCUUGCUGGCGGUGGCUAUGACGCACAUAUGUCCUAUGGAGAUGAUUUUGCUGGGAUGAGUGCAGAGCAUAGCAGUGAGAUGGAAGACCAGAGUCGGCCAUUACCGACGCCACACCAACUUAGUCGUUCUGGCAGCCGUGUUCAGAGAGGUAGUUUGGGAGGAAUGGCCGAUUACUCAAUGCCAGGGGAGGGUGAACUUCACCCCUUUCCUGCUUUUGAAGAAGCGAGGGUUGAUAAUUAUGGUACUGGUGGCUUGGAAAGGCCGACGUCUCAUGCUCACCGGUUGAGCUUUGACGAAGGGGAUGAACAUUCAAUGCAAUCUCGGAUUUUAGAUUCUAGGCAAAGUGGUAGGUCUGGAAGUGAUAGCCCCACGAGAGAUGAGAUGCCAGAUAUGUUCUACCAUCCAGGAAUGACACCGGGGUCUUACCAAAGGCCUCUCCCGGCAGUGCCUCCAAUGUCCGAAAAUAGGACACCUCAGUUACAAGCAGCUGGCGCUUACCGCAAUUCGCACGGGUAUUCGCACUCCUACUCUUCAAGUAUCGAUAGUGCGAGACCUUAUCCUCCAAGUGGACCAGAUGCAUAUGCACAGAACGCCCUUCAGCCUGCCCUUCAAUAUGUUCCAAGAUCAUCGUCACUCCAUAGUCAUAGCAGUACUGCACAAACAAUACCUCCAGUCCGAUCGAAAACAGACGCAGAGGAGCGCCAGGUCAGAGCAAAAGGUAACAGACAAUCCAUGCUACGGUCCGCCGCAGGGUUGGACGGCUAUGAUGCAUCUACUCCGCAGUCACUAGGGACGCUUGAUUUACCUGCCUUACCGGCCGGUCGUCGUAAGAAGUUUUCUCCUGGAAGAUUAUCGACAGCAGAUUUCCGGAGGUGUGCGGAACCAUGGGCUUUGAGUGGAAUCGCAGCUUGGAUACGAGAAAUGGCUGGCGGAGAAACUGGAGAAGGCGAAUCCGACCUUAGAGUAAAAAUCAUUGAAGAUGGUCUCAUUGCCUUAUUCACUCACAUGGUACCCACGAUGAACACGGCCGAUGCAGAGACGCUGAGUGAAAGAGUUGUAAAGUCUAUGUUCGAUGCUGGGAUUUUACUGAAUGACGAAGAAUGGGUCAAAUUUGGUCAAGGUGAGGUAUCUGCUCAGACCUUGGAACCGUCGAGAAAAUCCGAGGAUUGGAUUACUUUCUUCAAACUAACAAAGGAAAUGCUCGAUGGUGUAACCAAGAAAGAGAUCGAGCUACAGAACAAUCUUCACGAGAUAGUCAUGUCGGAAGAUAUCUACAUGGACCAGAUAAAUGUGUUGCGCAUUCUAUAUCGAGACAAUCUUGCUUCAUGGCAACCUCCCAUCAUUGCGAAAGCGAAAAUUAACAAGUUCGUUAUUUCCGUUUUUGGAAAAGUCGAAGCAAUCAAAGAUGUCAAUGAAAACCAUCUCCUCGCACAGUUGAAAUAUAGGCAAAAGGAACAAGGGCCUUGGGUGACAGGCUUUAGCGACAUUUUCAGGGAGUGGAUAAGAAAGGCUAAAUCGGCAUAUAUUGAGUAUGCUGCUGGGUUUCCAUACGCCACAUAUCUUGUCCGAAGAGAAGCGGAUAGGAAUAUUCUAUUUCGUCAAUUUCUAGACCAAGCUAGAGAUAACAAACUGUCUGGCCGUCUAGAUUGGAAUACGUAUUUAAAAGCACCAAUCACGAGGUUGCAGCGCUAUGGUCUUCUUCUCGGGACGGUUCUCAAAAAUAUGACCAAGGAUAGCGAUGAAAAGGCAACUCUAGCGAUCGCUAUUGAAGAGAUCAAGGCUGUCACAUUAGAGUGUGAUGCCAAGGUAGAGGAACAAAGUAGGAAGGUCGACAUGAUUGAGUUACAGUCGAAACUGUAUCUCCGCCCUGGCAUGGAGCGUGUUGAGCUCAACCUGGAUCAUCUAGGCCGCGAGCUCCUUCACAGGGGAGAUUUACAGCGUGCCGGUAACAAUAGAUUUACCUGGUUAGAAACUCAUGCCAUCUUGUUCGAUCAUUACUUUGUUUUGGCGAAGAGUGUCAUUCACCGAGAUGCCAGUGGUGCGCGAAAAAAGGAAGUUUAUGAUGUGUCGAAACUGCCGAUUCCCAUGCAGCUUUUAGUUCUUGAAAGCAGCGACGACGACCCGGUGCAGAAAUCCGCUGUAAAGGGUAUAGGGGCUGUCACAACAACGGUUACCAAAACUGCCCCAGCAACUGCUGCUGAAGCAAGGUUAAAUCGCACUGUCACUAACUCUAAUGCACUUGAACGAAUGCAAACAUUGGAGCAUACAAACUCUAACAAUUCGGUUUCAACCACAAACUCUGUGACGCGACUUAAUACCAACAAUAUGAACGAUAACGAUGCAAAGGUGAUGUAUCCAUUCCGGAUAAAGCAUCUAGGCAAGACCGAGGUUUACACCCUCUAUGCUCCAUCAGCCGCAAGCCGGGAUAAGUGGUGCGAUAAAAUCACAGAAGCAAAGACGCGUUACGCAGCGGCUCUAUUUGCUCAGAAUGCUGAACCUUUCCGUCUCAAAGUUAUUGCCGACAGUGCAUUUGCCUAUGACAACUCGGUGAUCUACCAACAAAGAGCUCUGAUUGCUAUCUCUGGUACACCACUAGAUAGAGCCGUCAGGGAGAUGGAAUACUCUUACGGAUCGAAACCACGGCCAUCCCCAGUAUGCAGAGCUCAGGUAAAUUGCGCUGUAUCUUUUACAUCAUACGGGAAACUUUUGAUUGCAAUUGGAACGGAUUAUGGGGUUUAUAUUUCUGAGGCAUCAAAUCCUCGAGGGUGGUCAAGGACAAUCCAAAUGCCCAAAGUCACACAAAUCGCAAUCCUGGAAGAAUUCUCGCUAUGCAUCAUCAUAGCCGACAAAUCUCUAAUUGCAUAUCAUCUCGACGUAAUCAUUCCUUCCUCGAACUUCUCUGGUAACCAUGCAGACUCAUCUCGUCGAGCACCUCAGAAACUUUCCGGCGCUCGUGACGUGUCAUUCUUUGCCACAGCUCGUAUGAAGGAAAGAACGCUAGUCUUCUACAAGAAAAAAGAGAGUCUUCAUUCUGUUUUCAAAGUCUUAGAGCCAGUCGUUCAAAAAUCAUCGGAGAAAAAGUCUCGUCUAUUUGGUAAACGCUUUGGUGGCAAUACUGAAUUUUUCCGUGAAUUUGACGAAUUUUACAUUCCAACCGAAUGCUUCACCAUCAAUCUUUUUCAAUCAUACAUCGCCAUAUCUACGCAGAAAGGAUUUGAACUUCUAACCCUUGAUAAAAAGGUUCCAAUGAGUAUCCCGGAUACCAAAAACCAAAAUAUAGCGUCCAUAGCCGCUCGACUCCAGGGUCAAAGACCUCUAGGCAUGUUCCGACUUUCUGACGCCGAAUUCCUUCUCUGCUAUGCAGAAUGUGGUGUAUAUGUGGAUAAACACGGCGAAGUAUCUCGAUCUGUCAUUAUGGAAUUCGUAGGGAGAGCGAAAACGGCAGCCAUGUAUGGUGCAUACUUGGUACUCUUCGAUAGUGAUUUCGUCGAAAUAAGAAAUGCGGAGAAUGGAAGAUUGAGACAGGUCAUUGCGGGUAGUGAUGUGAGAUGUCUUGAUGCGGGUACGAAUCCACAGGGUGCAGGUGCUAAUUCUAUGGCUACUAUGAGUCCGAUGGGUGGACAUGGAGGUACCAUGAAGAGGACGUUGAAAUUGGCCAUGGCGCAUCCGGAGAUUGUGGGCAAUCAGAUUGUGUUGGAGAUGCGCUCGCGUUAA